CUGUGGAGAGGAAUCAUGUCUUGGUUCGUGUUGGCGUGGUUGGAGGUCCGUCUGAAAGGAGACUCCCCCUUCGAUCCCAUCAGGAGGGAGAUCAGCCAUACCCUUGGCCCAUGGUUUUAUCCUACCCUGUGCCACACUUCUACACCUUGGACCCACCAGAGACUCUUCACACCUCACAAAGUUGUGAGAUAAGUGCUUUUCUGACUUCCUCCAAAGACUCAAAAAGUGAUGAUUACUGGUUAAAGAAGUGCCAGAAUCUGUUCCUUAAAGCCAUGACGUCUGAACCCCACAACCUCACUGGGAACGUGCUGGCUGACCUUCUGGAGAGAGUCGUGGUUCAUCUAUCCAACUCUGCCACAGAGUGCCGCUUCUCCUUGGAUCAACACAAAGGACAGCUCCAGGUCAUAUAA